UUAAGACGGACAUCAGAAUCAAAUUAGGAGAUAAGACUUUGCCGGAGAAAGAAGGAAGCCAUGGGAAGAAGAAAAGUUGAGAUCAAACGAAUUGAAGACAAAAGCAGUAGACAAGUCACUUUCUGUAAACGACGCAAUGGUCUUAUGGAGAAAGCUCGUCAGCUCUCAAUUCUAUGUGAAUCUUCAGUUGCUCUUGUCAUCGUCUCUUCCACCCGAAAACUCUACAGCUUCUCCUCCGGCGAUAGCAUGGCCAAGAUUCUUAGUCGUUUCGAAGUACAGCAGGCAGAUGAUACUAAAACCUCGGAUCUUGCGGAAACAAGUAGGAAUUAUCUUUCACACAAGGAGUUACUAGAAAUAGUCCAAUGCAAGCUUGAAGAAGCUAAAAGCGAUAAUGUAAGUAUAGAUUUUCUAAAGUCCCUGGAAGAGCAGCUCAAGACUGCUCUGUCUGUAACUAGAGAUAGGAAGACAGAACUAAUGAUGGAGUUUGUGAAGACCCAUCAAGAGAAGGAGAAGCUGCUAAGAGAAGAGAACCAAAUUUUGACUAGCCAGCUUUCAAAGAUGAAGAAGUCUCUGGAAACAGAGGAUGUAAGAGGAGUGUCACCGGAAAGUAGCUGCGGCAAGAACACACCGGAGACCCUCCUGCUUCUCAAGUAACCACACCAUCACCAAACUGCUGAUUCGAAAAUUCGAAAUGUAAAAAAAAAAAAAAAAGGAGAGGAUCACAUUUAUAAUUCAUAAGGAAAGCUACAAAUAUAUGUGAAAUAACCUCUUCUUCGGAGUAUGAAAUAAUGUAUUGAUUUUUAUUGUUA